UGACCUCUGAACUCCAGUCCCUGCACGACAGAGCUCGGUAAAAAAUAAAAAUGGCUGAAGUGGAUUUCGGAGACAGUGAGCUCUUUCAGCAGCUUGACGACUCCGCGCCGGCGCUGCCGACGCACAUUCGCUUCUCAGAUGACGAGGGAGAGGAGCAGGAGGAGACGAGCCAGCCCCGGAGCAAGCUGGAUGAGAGCGACGACUACAUCCAGAAGCUCACUGAGGAAAAUACAGUUCUGAGGAGGAAACUCAACAUCUUGACGCGACCAAGCGGCAUCACAGUGGAAGAUGUCAACAACGACGGGCCACUUCUUCAGAUCCUUUACGCAAACAACGGUAUUUCGAAGCAGUGUCGUCAGGAGAUUGAAGAUUGCAUCUGCAGCGUGAUUAUGAAGCACCAGAAACCAGACCAUGAAAAGAAAAAAUCCUCCUUUCACGUGAAACCUCAGUGUUCGGCGUUUGCGAUGGACGACGAGCCACCGAAGACGUCCUCCAGCAGUGUGAGAACAACAACAGAAGCCUUUAAAGUGGUUGGAAGCGUCUUAUAUUUCACUUCUUUCAGUGUUGAUAAACUUGGACAGCCUCUGGUCAGUGAAAACCCUCAGCUGACAGAUGGAUGGGACAUUCCAACCUAUCACCAGGUUUUUAACCAAGUUGUUGGAACAGAUGGAAAGGAUAUCGAAAUGAAAGACAAAAGACCAAAGUCCAUGUGUUUCAACUGUGGCUCCGCCAGCCAUCAGCUGAGAGAUUGUCCCAAGCCUAAAGACAUGGCUGCAAUCAAUGAAAGAAGAAAAGAGUUCAAUCAAAACAGCAACCAGGGCCCACAGAGUAACCAACGAUACCAUGCGGAUGAAGUGGAGGAGCGGUUUGCUAAAUACAAGCCUGGAGUCAUGAGUGAGGAGCUGUUGUCUGCACUGGGAAUUGAUGGCAACACCCUGCCUCCUCUGAUUUAUCGCAUGAGGCAGCUUGGCUACCCACCGGGUUGGCUCAAAGAGGCAGAGAUGGAAAACUCUGGCAUAGCAAUGUAUGAUGGAAACGCUUCAAAUAAUGGCAACGUAACGGAGAAUAGCAAUUCACAAAACAUCUCUUAUGAUGUUUCCAAACUGGUGGAUUUCCCAGGCUUUAAUGUACUUACACCAAACAAAAUGAAAGAUGAGUUCAUGCAGUAUGGUUCAGUUCCAAUACAGAACCACCAGAUGAAGCAAAACUAUGCCGCCUACUUGUCCAACAACUUUCCUAUGCCUGGUGCCACCAGCAACAAGAGGCGGCAUGAAUCGGACUCAUCUCCACAUCAAAGGAAGAGGAAUAGGCCCAGUCCUGAUCAGAACUCUAGCAGGAGCUCAGAUAUGGAUAUUGAAUCAGACCCAGGAACACCCUUUAAAUCUCCAGGCCCAGGUGACUUCCAGUUCCAACCACCGCUGCCCCCUGGCUCUCCUUGCUUCAGUUCACCUCCUCCCUUACCCCAGGGCACUCCUCCAGCUACACCCACUCCCCCACCUCUCCCUAAAGGUACACCUCCUCAUACGCCCAACAACGGCUCUCCGGCUCUGCGAGGGCAGAAAUGGGUUGUAGUUGAUGAUGCUGUGGAGGGAGCAGACGAUGACCUGACAUUGGAGGAACUGGAAGAGCAGCAGAGGCUGAUUUGGGCAGCUCUAGAAAAUGCUGACACCGCCACAAAUAGUGACUGUGAGACACCUGUGAUGGGAACACCAAUACCCAGUUCACCAAGUGUGUCCACGCCUGCACAUAUCGACACAGAAACAGAAGAGGCAGAAGAAGCAAUGGACACAGUGAGACCUGCAGACGCUUGCCAUGGCAGUGAAAAUCAAAAGGAACCAGAAGUUCAAGAGAUUUGCGCUCUGAGUCCUGGACCAAUCAAGGCUGAGGAAGACAGCCCUCAAAGCCCUGAACAGCUCAAAGGCCAAGACAAUGGCCCACAGAGUCCUGGUCCAGUCAAAUCCCAGGAUGACAACCCACAGAGCCCUGAACCACUCAAAGCCCAAGACGAUGGCCAACAGAGUCCUGGUCCAGUCAAAUCCCAGGAUGACAACCCACAGAGUCCUGGUCCAGUCAAAUCCCAGGAUGACGACCCACAGAGUCCUGAGCCACUCAAAGCCCAAGACGAUGACCCACAGAGUCCUGGUCCAGUCAUAUCCCAGGAUGACAACCCACAGAGUCCUGAGCCACUCAAAGCCCAAGACGAUGGCCCACAGAGUCCUGACCCGGUCAAAUCCCAGGAUGACAACCCACAGAGUCCUGAGCCACUCAAAGCCCAAGACGAUGGCCCACAGUGUCCGGGUCCAGUCAAAUCCCAGGAUUACAACCCGGAGACCCCUGAUCCAGAUUUCUCUAACAGGGGUGCCACAGAUUGUGCUUCCCCUAAGCAUGCCGAGAAGAUAACAGCUGUUCCUCAUCGGAGCAGGUUUGCAGCUGGCAUCGUUCCAUUCGAAGAUACACCGGAAUUCACUGAAGUUGCUGAAGCCACAGGGACAUACCUUAGGAUCAGAGACUUACUUAAAAGUUCCCCUCGCAAUUUGAAGAAAAAAUAAAAAUUUACAUUGUUGAUUUGGACAUGAGGAUGAAUGUUUUUUUAUUUUAUUUUAUUUUAUUUUUUUACAAAAAACUUUUUUUCAUUUCCAUCCCCAGCCUAUCAAGUAUAUUUUUUUAGCCGUUUAUUGUUUUAUACCAAGUUAAUUAUGUAUGCUGUAUUUACAUUUCAUCUGUAAACAUAUAAUGUGGGAGGGGCAGUGGCAGAUGAUGCAACAGCAAUGGUUUGUAGAUUUUGACUGAUAAGUCUCAGAUUUUUGAAGUAAGUAGUGUAACUGGAGCUGUUGAUUUUAUUGUAAAAUUUGUAAAAUGGCAAUUUGAUGUUGUUUAAAUGGCUUUUUCUAUUUUUGUCCCACUUGAAUUGAUCUAAAAUCAUCAAGUAAA